GGGAUAUUCUUAAUCGAUUGUCAGAAUCGGGGUGACGUUUCGCUUAUUUAUUUUUCAAUUUUCCAAAGAAAAAACAAAUUUCGGAAUGGGAUUUAAUGACUGGGUAAAUUACAUCGUGCGUGAUAAUCCUGUUUCCAAAUCGGUUACGUCUCUAGUGGGAAUAGGAAAUCACAAAAACUAUUCAGAAAUGCCAAGGGUAACUGUUAUAACUGAAAAGGUACCCUUGUGGCAACUUGCGAGUGAAGCUGGUCCCUUUCUCAGGAUUGCCGGUUUAAUGGGAGCUUCUGCAGUGGCUCUCGGAGCCUAUGGGGCCCACAGGACCUAUCCAAAAGACAAACAAAGUGAACUUCAAGUUAUCUUUGAGACCGCUAACAGGAUGCAUUUCUUUCAUUCCCUUGCAGUUAUGAGUGUGUCAUUGUGUAAACAUCCAAAAAUUGCAGGCACAUUAAUGAUAUCAGGCACCAUUUUAUUCACCGCUCCUUUGUACUACCAUGCAUUCACUGGAGAUAACAAAUUCGGAAAAUUAGCUCCGAUGGGAGGAACUAUACUGAUCCUUGCAUGGCUGUCAAUGGUACUACAAGCCACAAGUAUACUUAAUUCAAAGUAAACAUCCACUCUUAUAUUGUUAUUUUUUUAUUGAUAAUAUUUUGUAUAAUGCCAUAUGCAUCAGAAGCUGUGAGUUUUUAAAAAAAACUUAUCUGCCAUAUCAAAGCUUGUGAUGCUUACGGUCUAAAUAAGUUGUUUUUUGUUGUUAUAAAUUCAUAGUUAUUAGUAUUAGGAGCAUUAUUUAUUCUCGGAAUUUAAAUUAAAAUUAUCUGUUUUAAAA